AUGUCGCUAAGGAAACUGGGAAUAAUGACUCUGGGAAUAGGAGUUGGUUACUUACAGUUCCGAGAACAUGUUGAAAAUUCGUUGACUGAUUUGGUUGAACGCUCGCAAAUGACGAUGAUUUGCACGUUUAAUGCUGUAGUUUAUAUAGCUGCAUUUGAAGACUGGUUAAAAACUGCUAAAAGCGUUGAAGAUUAUCAUAGCGUUUGCAAAUACUGCAUGCGUUCAUUAGCAUUUUUGUAA